AUGGAAAAUUCACAAGCGCUUGAAGACAACCCAUGGAUUGCUGGGGCAGAGCAAUCGGGUUCCGAGGAUGGAGAUCCCAGAGUAGCCAUAUCGAACUCGCAAACUACCACGACUAGAACGACGGCGCAGGAGCAGUCUCCUCCCGAAUCGGAAGACGCGGACUCGGACUCCACCUCAGAUGGCCUUUGCCAGGAUUUUAAAUCAGAACCCGGAGAGUGGUAUUGUGGUGCUUGUACCCAGAGGUACUGCGAACGCUGCUGGAAGAAGCGAUCCGGCCACAAAAAGAAGAAUCCAGACAGUGCUAAUCACAUGAAGGUUCCUUACUCAAAGCAACACGUGUUUCCCACGCCUGUGUCGUUCGUUGGCAAAACAGGGGCUGGCAAGAGCACGCUUAUUCGUAUGAUGCUAGAAAAGCCGUGGCUGACUGACGCGAAGUACGAAACCAAGGCUGAGCAAGUUCCUGUGGUGGAGAAGAGGAAUAGUCUGGUAUCCGCCUCCGGAGAUGUCCACCUUUAUGGAGAUUAUUUGCCUGAGAGAGAACUGUCCGAACUUGAUCGACCUACCUUCUACGCUGACUGCGAGGGCUUCGAUGGCGGAGCUGCGAAUCCUGCCGGGUUGUUUGCUUAUAAAAGCCAACAGGUUAAAAAACCUGGAAACAGAUCCCAUGGACGAGGAGUGCGCUCAGCAUUGGAGGAAGUCAUCCGACUCAUGUUUGGCCAGACUCGAACGCGGACUUUGGGUCGUUUGUCACCUGAUGCGGAUAAAGGAAAGGAACCAACGCGUGAGGACUUUAUCAAAAAGCUAUUCCCUAGGCUGCUAUACAAUUUCUCGGAUGUGGCUGUUUUCGUGGUGAAAGAGCCACAGACGUUGGGAAACAGCAUAAUAGAUAUCUUGAACUGGGCAUCCACAUUAACUGCAUCCACACUGAAUCGCGCUACAUUGCCUCGGUUGAUUGUCGUCAUCAACAAUGCAGACCAAAGCGAAAAUUGGGAUCCGCAAAUCGCAAGGGAAAUGUUCUUCGAGGACUACAAGAACGUAAUCAGAGUCGAUCCAAACAUCAAGAGGCUCCAAGAAUCAUUCACUGCACGUGGGAUGAAGGUCGAAACCUUGGAGGAUCUCUUUCUCAGGCAUUACAGUGGCUAA